UCCAUUCUUCAUUUUUAAAAUAAGCCCAUGAAAUGAGCCCAAACCCUUCUAUCUUCUUCUCCACUCACGCUGCCACGCACAGCACAAACUGCUCAAUGCUCUCUCUCUCGGACUCUCGUUCAGCAAUCGUCACAGCCGCUGCCGCGCACACCAUCCUCUCCCUAGCCUCUCGCCCUCUGUUUUCCUUCAUUUAUCUCCUUCCCUCCUUCACGAAUUCCGGCGAGAUCCGCCAUUUAACGUGGUGCUCUGCUGCACUUCUGUUGCAACAGCACGGCGAGGCCGCCGACUCUGUUUCUCCCCACUGAUUUCGCCACUUCGCAUUCUUUGGCCGGACAUCAAUUCAAGUUGUUUUUUAGCGUGACAACAAAGUUCUCAUUUUUUUAAUUUUCUACUUCGAUUAAGACGAGAGAAAAAAAAGAUUCAAGAAAAGGAAAAGGAGGUUUUUAUGCCACCUUCAUGCAAGCAAACUUGUAAAAUCACCCAAUGCGUUUCCAUCAUCAAAACUCUGCAACUCGCAUUUAUUGUAUGGUAAAGUUCUUCCAUAGUUUCGUGUCGGAGGUGCGGAUGGCGUGUUGUCGGAGGCCGCAGAAAUACUGCGUUCGCCUCUAAGCUUGAAGUGUUGUACGUGGUGAUAUUCUGCCAAGUUUUUUAGAAGGUAAUGGAUGGGAAGGACAUCCAAUCAGAUCUUCAUGCCCUUAAAAGACUCUAUGGGCUUCUCAAAAACGAUGGAGACGAAGCUUCGGACUCCGGCUCUGAUUCGCUAGAUGCGCACGCUCGGAUUUUCUUAAAGAAUCUUUUGGAUGUGGAGACUAAAAGAGUACUCAAGACACAUUCAGAAGUCAUUGCAGGUCAAGCCGAAACAUCGGGGGCACUUUCUCCUGCUCGGCUUCAGCAACUAGAUGAGGUAGCCUCCGAGGAACGACCUACAACACGUUCAAGAUUGUCAAUAGCCGUGGAAGGUGAUCAAAGUUCAGAUGGCCGACUCACUCCUGAAUGGAGUCAAGCAGGUGGUGCCAUGGAACAAUCAAUUCAUAGAGUGCCUUCAAUUGGACAGAAACGCUGCAGGGUUUGUCAAAGGAACACUGUCAAACAACUUGGAUCCAGAGGGGAGACACAUUUUCACCAAGUGGUUCGGAACUCAAACACAUAUGCUGAUCACCAGUAUCGGCAGAACAGUGUAAGGAAUCGUGAGAAGGAAAUUGGAUGGUUAUCAAGUAACAUGUCAGAUGAUUCAAAGUGUGAGAAGCGGAGGCAGAGACCGUCUGACUUGAACGUAAUUGGAGGUGCAGACAUUUCAUCUGAUAGAAUGGCAACUGACAUCUCAGAAAUUUGUCAUUCUAAUAUGGAAACCAUCGGUAAACCUGGGGAACCUGACUGCUUAUCUCAAGAAGCUUCCAAAGCGAUCCAGCAGAUUGAAUUAUGUAUGUCAGCAUUGCGUAUGGGAGAAGAUCGCUUGCACUUGUUUGAGAUGACUUCUUCUACUCAGCAGCAGCAUCGUGUUCCAGAAACUGAGUCAGCCGUGCAGACAGAAUACGAUGCAGCUCCAAGCGUUGGUACAAGCUUAGGUGAAAAUCUGAUGACCAGAAAUAAUUUGUUGUGUGAAAUUUCAGGCCAAAGGGUUAUGGAUGAUUUCGUCUAUCCAGUGCAUCAAGUGCCUAGAACGACCGCAGAAGCAGGAAACCAACCACAUUUGUCCUCGAGUCAAAGAUAUAAGGAGAGUCAGCCAACUAAGGCUGUGUUGAAGCAAUCAACAAAUAAUAUCAUCCAGAGUGAACCUCUUUCCCACGCUGGUGUCGUAGACAUGUCAGAAGAGGCGACCGGCAGAUGCAGGUUUCCAACAGAGAAAGUAAACAAGAUUUAUGUUCAGAAUCUGAAUGCCAUUGUGGAGAAAAUUGAGCCAGGGAACUGGAUAGUGAGUUCCAACAGUUAUAUGCCUAGCGGCGUUGCACUAAUUCCAAAUCAGACAUCCUAUAUUACCCCCUGUUGGCCAACCACUUCUUCUGCUUCUAACAUUGAGAGUCCUUAUCAAAGCCGGACUGUGGUGGAGGAAGCAGAAAGCAAGCCAUCAUCCAGCUUCACGAAUCCAAAAAACCACCCACCUGUCGCAAAUAAGAAAGCGAUUCACCUUUUAGCAAGCUCAGGCUUCCAUGAAAACCAGUCGGAUGCACGGGAUAAGGACACGCACCAGACAACUGGAGGAAGGACUUCUUUGCAGAAUCUAGAAUCAGACGGUACAGCUACUGACUCGUACUCCAGCUGGAGCAGUCAGCAAACAAGCAGUGUUGAUAGCAAUAGUGAAGAUGAUUCGGUGACAGAUGGGGGUAGAGAGCAUCAGUAUGUAACUUCGAGUAAAAGCAGUGGAAGUUGGGAUACCCCUCUGUCUCAUGGAAGUGGGAGCCAGAACAGCCGUUAUAGGAGCUACAGCGACGAAGAGGUUUACUCCUCAUCUAGCGGAGAGGGAGCUCGUGAAGUAACUGCCAGUAGCAGCAGUAGGAACGAGGAGUAUUCAUCGUAUGAACAACCAACCCGAAGUCAUGCAAGGCCCAUGCACUCCACAUCGAAGAAAUCAGGCCCCAGCAGGGUCGAGAAAGCUUAUGGCGUGAACCUCAAAAAGCAAUCUGGGAUACUGAAGAGGCUGAAAGAUAGGCUGGCAGUAGUCUUCCACCACCACCACCACCACCACCAUCACCACCACCACCACCAUAAUCGUGGUGAUCAUACUAAUGAUGAGACAAAUAAGAGCCGUAGCUCGUCCUUGGACAAGCACAAAGAGAAAGCCAUAAGUCCUAAAAGACAAGAUGAGGCAUAUGGAGGAGCAAAGGCUGUGGAAAAGUUUGGAAAAUCCAAGGUUGGUGAGAAGAGGCAGCAGAGCCAUUUCCAUGGGCUGAUGGGAGGUCUGGUGAGGCACGUGCGACACUCAAAGCAGUUGAAACGGGCUAGUGAGCAUGGGCAGAAGAAGAGGACAGUGAAGAAGUCUCACUGGUGGCAGCUGCUGCAACAGCAUCAACGGUCCAAGUUGCCUGCGAAAGCUCUUUUGAAGCUUGGACCAGGUAAGAAGAAAGCCCGCUUAAAAGCUCUCCCAAAAGUUCAAUGAUGCCGCAUUUAGCUACUACAAAACCAGAUUAUGUGAUCAUAGUUAUGUACUUAUGAGUUACAGCCAAAUGUAUGAUAGAUAUAUCUAGGCCCAUAGAUUUGUAAAUCCUGACUUGUUGGCUAGUUAUAUUUGUUGCCCUUUUUCAUUUUUGGAUUA